AUGACUUCCAAAUUAGCGGAAACAAUGAAACAGGAUGGAGCCUUGGCUGUUGUUCAGUUAUCACAUGGCGGACGUCAAACACAAGAAGCAGUAAAUUUACAUCCGUUCUCAUGUUCGGAUCUCGGAAUUAAAUCUAAGACAGUUCCUCUAAGAUUUGGAACACCGAUCGCGCUAAGCGAAGCACAGGUCAAGACAGAGGUUGUCGACCGUUUUGUGUAUGCCGCCAAAUUCGCUCACGAUCAU